AUUUCCAACAAUUCAUUGCCAUCAUUCUGUCGAGUUGACUGUCGCAUACUCCUUCGCCUAACUUCGCUCUCUAGUUGUUCUCGGUCUCUACAGACUAAUUGAACACUGGGCGAUUUAAUCAAACUCGUCAUCUUCCACGAAAUCUUCAAUUCUCCCCAUUCUCCAUAUCAAUAUCUAUUCAUCAUGGGAAAUGAUGGUGGUUCUAUUCCCAAGCGACGUGAGCUCGUACGAGAGGCGGCUCGACUUCCUACAACCUCCGAACUAAAAGCUACCGCUCUCGAAUCCUUAACACAUGCCUGGACUACAUGUCCUCUAUCCGACGCACCUCUCGAUCUCUCCAAUACGGUAUCCGACUGGCGAGGGAGAUUAUAUAAUUACGAAUCCGUCCUACAAUGCCUUAUCCCUUCUUCCGAAACGCCCAUACCCGAAACCCAAGAAGCUGAAUUUGCGCGAACGGGAAUCAAGAGUCUAAAAGACGUAGUAAAACUAAAGAUCACCACAAGGAAAGAUGAAAAUGGUCGCGAGUUCGCAGCAUGUCCGGUUAGCAUGAAAGAGUUGGGCGCAGCCACUAAAGGUGUUUAUAUCGUUCCAUGCGGUCAUGUUUUUGCCGAAGUAGCUAUGAAAGAAAUAUCCGAUACCGAAAAACAAUGUCCCGAAUGUAGCGAAGCAUUCGAACAACAACACGUUAUACCCAUACUAUCUACAGACGAAGCCGAGAUAGAAAAGCUAGCGAAGAGAAUUGACGACUUGAAAGCGGCAGGACUUGCGCACAAUCUAAAGAAGGAUAAGAGUGCCGGGAAGAAGAAGCGCAAAGCAGAAGAUGCAAGAGGAAACAGAAUAGAUGGUGAAUCGCAAAAAGAGAAGAGUAGUAACCGAGCAAAUAAGACUAAAGAGGAUAAGAAGGACAUAUCAAGUCGGAUCAACAAUCCGAUGACGGCAUCUCUAACAGCAAAGGUGCUUACAGAACAAAAAGAGAGAACCAAACGAAGAAAGAUGGUAGAUGGAUAUAAGAGGAGUGAAGCUGUUAGAUAAUCAUCCUCGAAUGAAUAAUAAAUCAUACCAUGAAUAUUGUCGAUUGCUCGUCCAACCGUGCUGCCCAGUACUCUAGUUACAUAUGUACAUGUUACCUCUCUUCCCUGUCGUACUCCUAUCAUGUUCACGUACUU